AGGGGGAGGGGGGCGAGAGGUCUCUGGGUCUGGUGUGUGGUAGUACUUGUGGUAGUUAGUGCCCGCCUGUUUUUCUGCUGAAGUUGCUGUGCCGGAGGGAUGUGGGACCCUGCCGUCCAUUCAGAAAUCCUCGAUCGAGUCCCUUUUCUAAAAAAGGAGACGGUGACACCAGACGAUGCCUUGUACCUGGUGGAGAACCUUCUACCAACAGGGAUAAGUUCCCGUAAACUGGGUCUCACACUCGGACUCCCAGAAAAAGUAGUGGAGCAUAUCCACCACACGUUCUCCGAACCAGAUGAACGCAUGUUUCACGUUUUGAUCGAGUUCACGAGGCAAUCGGAGUCUAGGCCAACGUGGAAAGCCUUUACCGACACUCUCAGAAGACCUGAAAUUAAUUUAUUGUCGCUAGCAGAAACAUUGGAAGCAGUCAAUGCUCCUCUUGAUAUUCCUCAUUCUAAAAGUGCAGCAAACAGUGUAAGACAUUCCCCUUCUUUUGAUGCCGGCCUCUCACCCAUUGCAACUCAACAUAAUGUUAGAAGAAGAAAAUUGGUUCCUCAUAUGGCGCCUGAAGAUUAUACGAGGCUCCCCAUAACAAAACAACUGUGCCUCUUGUGUGAGGAUGUGAUCAAAACCCAUGUUAAUUUUGGAAUUCUUCUAAAAGAGAUUCAGAAACACAUAAUCAAUGAUGCUGAUGACGAUGAGCUGCAUCAUAUGCAUCAAUUGUCGGUGUCAGGGAAGAUGAAAGAUGUAGUACCCUUCCUGAAUACACUCGAUAGAAUGAGAAAUGGGUUUCAAAUCUUUUACAUGUGCUUGAGAAAAACACAGAUUGUUUCUCCAGUGCAUAGAAUUGUUGCUGAUGAGUUGAGGAUGAUAGCACUUGACUACAGAUUAUCAGAAUCUUGUACCACGGUGCGUGCUGGCAGAUUCGAACAAGCAAGACAUAAACAAGAUCCUAGACACUUAGGUUUUCAAUUUGGAAGUGACAGCGACCUGGAACCAAUUGCCGAAUCAAAGCCACCUUUAUCAUUGACUGGAGAUGUGCCAAAAACUAGCCCACAACCACUUGCUUAUGGUAAGGUUGGCUUCGGAUCAAAAUAUUUUAAGACGGUACGUGCUGGAAGGUUCGAACAAGCAAGAAGAGAAUAUAAUCAUGAUCAGGAACCAAAGAUAACAGAAUAUGCUUGCGACUCCUGUAUAUCUGAAAUCAUCCUCUCUAUCAAUUUUACGAUCCUUCAGCAACAGAUUAAGAUGCACGGAAUUACAGACCAAAUACUCCUUGGUGUUCUGCGAGGUAUUGAACGUAGACCAAAAAGAUACAGGCAUAGAAAGAACCAAAUUAGACACAUGCUGCGAAGGCUAGAAAAAAUAGAAAAUGGUCUUCAGAUAUUUUACUGCAGUCUCAAGGAAACACAGGAUACCUGCCCUAAACAUGCUUAUCUUGUGGACAAAUUGGAGUGGAAAUCAACCAAACAUGGUAUACGACCAAAGGUUGAGUCAGCAUUCACAGGAGAGCCGUCUUUUGUCUACACUGGAGAGCACGUCUACUACUGUACACCUGGUAUAAGUUUGAGGAUUCCAACUGCCAUGUGUGAAAAAGCAGUUAAAUUUCUGUCCAAAAUGUUCGUGAUGACUACACCCUUCCUUCGGGGUAUGAGAAUAUGCCUAUUGUCAGUGAUAUGUACAAGAUCACAGCAAGUGAUACUCUGCCGUCUCUAGUGACAGUACGGAUGGACCACUGUGCUGUAAUGAAAGAGGAAGGUUCUCUUGUACAUAUUGUAGCACACGGCUCCCCACCUUACCGAUUUAAACUCUUGUAUGGGGGAAUUUUUCCUCCUGAUAAAACUUACGGGGAAAUAGAAUUGAAAAACUUCAGUAUUUUAGCAAUACUUGCCCAUAAACUUGGGUGGAGAAUGUCGCUAUCCGUACAGGUAUUUUAUCACAAGAACAACGCUGCUGCAACUUUCGUUGUUUAAAAAAACAUACCGUCGCUCAUUCGGGCUGUCCAAAAACAGUAUCCUCAUGCUUUCCCGGGAUCAAGCAGCUCAAUAUUGUGCGACUACACCACAAGAGUAAUUAGCCUCUCAAUACCAGCAAAACCACAGGCUGGAUGGGCUGUUAUACCGAAUUUUUAUCCUCCGCAAAUUCUAACCCGACUAAUUCGAGAGUACAGGGAGGGUAAAACACCACCUUGCAUACAAUUGAAGCUGAAAUGGACAGGGCAAGGGGAACCAAAGGAAGAGGAACUGAAAAUUAGAGUCCAAGGAUGUUCAAUUGAUUCCUUUACCCUCUUCUGCAAACCAUCAUCUGUUGCAACUCACUUGCAGAGCCAACCAUCUCCAAAGCAGCAAAGUCUUGCCCUGCAGUCUGCAUCUGGUUCCCCAUCACCACUGUCUUUAAAUGCCCCCUCUCUGCCUCAGACGCCAAGCGAACCGCAAGCAUCCCCUGCACAACCAACAGCCAGCAUGGCUCUCACAAUGAAGGUGUGAGUCUAGGACUCUUCGACGAAGCAAUACUAUAUUCACAAGUGGGGUAGACCCUGAUAAUAUUGUUAAAGUGCUCUACAGUAACUUGCUGCUGACUCCUGAAGAAAAGGCCAGAGCCACACAACAGACACUGACAGCCCAGCAAAAACUGGAGGAGAUUUUCCAGGCGAUGGAGCGUCGCAUUGCAGUAAACCCCUGGAGACCUCCAUGUAUUGAUUCAAGCUCUCAAGGCAGAACCUGCAAUAAAGGCAGUCGGUGACAAAAUUCAAGAGAUUUACGAUGAAGAACGUGGGAAAAGGCAGGAAGAGAGUAACAAGCAUAGCAUUAAACUAAACUAUAAUUCAUGUCUUUUUGUUCGUUAUUUUUUCGAUGGC